AUGGGAAUAUUAGGAGCACAACAUAUAGCUGAUCUAUUACAAAACAACACAACUUUGACUACUCUCAACCUUAAAUCCAAUCAAAUUGGAGCAUCAGGAGCACAAUGUUUAGCUGAUGCAUUACAAAACAACAUGAGCACGAAAUUAACCACACUCGAUCUUUCAUGCAAUGAUAUUGAAGCAUCAGGAGCACAAAAUCUCGCUAAUUUAUUACGAAACAAUGAGGUGACUUUCUAUUGUCUCUGA